CUUGUCUCGGUAAAGAAAAAAUAUAAUCAAGAUUAGAAAAGAUGAUAGACAAAGCCACAUCAGCAGAAAAAUCUGUCAAGAGGACUGACGUGGAAUGAGAUGAAACAAUCCAGACCCAGCAACACGGAGCCGGGUCCUUGGCUGGGUAGCAGUCAUACCAGCCAAGACCCGGAACGACAAGCUGCCAAGAGAAAAAGAAGCAGAGAGAAGCCAAGCAAGCCAAGCAAACUAAGUCAGCCAAGAAAGCCAAGCAAGACCAGUCAGAACACAACGGCCAAGCCAAGUCCCGUCAGCAUCCCUCUCUCCCUCCCCGUUCUCGCGUGGUUCCCCGCGCGGCCCGGGCCAAGAUUCGUGGUCCUGCGGGCUGCCGAGGGGCUCGAGCUCCCGACCUGCGCGACGUGGCAGUGCCACAAAAUAGUAAGCGGUGGAACUCGGAUCCGUCGUCACAGCAGCCGGGCCUUGGCCAAGAAGCUUGGCCUCAGCCUGUCACGCUCGCUGCCUGCCGACCACGCUGACCAUGUGUGCUCGCGCCUGCGUCCCUCCCUUUUGAGCAAAUCCCGGCAUGUACCCGACUUUGAUUGGCUCCUUGCGUGAAGGUUAGUGAUCGGCGGUCUCCGUGCUCCGCCAUCUGGAAGAUUCUUGUGUUCGGGU